CGCCGGCUCGCUCGCCCACACACAAUGGAGCACUUUGUGAUCGCGCUGGCUGCCGGCUACCAGGCGGCGGCGCGCGCGCCCGCCGCGCCCGCCUCGCGCUCGCCACCGCCGUGCAUGGUGGCGGAGCUCGGGCUCUCUCUCCCGACCGCGGUCGGCUCGGCGGCGGCGGCCGCCGAGCCGCGAGGGCACAGCGGCAUGACCGCGCGCUGGUACCCGGUCGCGCUGUCGGAGCAGCUGGGGACGGAGCGUCCCUUCGCCACCCGCCUCUUUGGCGAGCCCAUCGUCCUCUACCGCGACCGGCUCGGCGCGCCGGUCGCCGUCGCCGACGUGUGCCCGCACCGGUCGGCGCCGCUCUCGAUGGGCGACGUCGAGGAGGGCCAGCUGCGCUGCUUCUACCACGGCUGGGCGUUCGGGGAGGAGGGUCGGUGCACGAGCAUCCCCACCAUCCCCGGCGGCAAGGUGCCCGCCAGGACGGCCAGCUGCGAGAGCUACGCCGUCGAGGAGCGCGCGGGCGCGUUGUGGGUGUGGCGCGGCAACGCCCUCUCGGCGGACGGGCGUCGGCUGCCCGAGGCCCCUGCGGAGGGGCUGUCCGUCUGCACCGUGCUCGACUACGAGUGCGACUGGGCCGCCGUGGUGGCGCACCGACUCGACGCCGAGCCGCUCGCCGCCGCCAGCCCGCUGCUGCGCGCCCUGUCUGCCGGCGCCGCCCUCGGGGAGGCGAGCUUCGACGGCCCGACGGUGGCGCGGUCGUCGGCGAGCGAGCCGCGGCUGGGCGAGGAGGUGAGCGUGCAGCCGAUCGCGCCCGGCCGCUGCCGCGCCCUCGCUCGCCACUCCUUCCCUCCCUCGCCGCUGCUCGGCGCGCUACAGUCUCUGCCGGGCGGCGAGGCGCUUCUCUGCCGCGCGGUGCGGGCGGAGGCGACGCGCGCGGCGGCGGAGGGGUACGAGGCCCUGCGCGCGCGCGGCGGCGGCGGCGGCGCGGCGUCGCCCUCGUCGGUCGGCGGGGGUGCCCUCUUCCGCGAGUGGUUUGCGCGUGCGGAGGAGGCGGAGGGCAGCCUGUACUUUGCGGGCUGGGAGGGGAGGGCGGCGGGCUCGCAGCAGUACGUGUCGUCGGGCGUGUACGUGCGGCACGGGCAGCAGCGGGAUGACGACGAGGCGACGGGCACUCUCGGCCUCAAGCGAAACUACCGCCAGAGCAACCCGCCCCUCGAGUUUGGGCCCGCCCGCCCACAGCCUCUGGCGGGCGCGCGGCACACGCGCGCUGAGCAGGCGCUGAUCGGCGCGGCGGUGGCGCUGCCGGUCGCGCAGCUGAGCCACGGCGCCUUCAGCGCUGCCCUCCGCGUCUUCGGCUAGCCGGCGCGCCCUCUUGCGCCGCUCGCUCUCUCUCUCGUCGGCCGCCGGCGGGGGGGAGAAGAGCCGUGCGUGGCGCCCCAUUUGCUAGUCGGGGCGCGGCGACGAGAGCCGGAGCUACUGUCGACUCUCGCGCUCCCUAUGAGUUGGUACCGGCCAAUCGCCCGCGGCUGUGUGCAUGCGCAUGUGUGUCUCUGUGGUGGUGCGAUUGUCGGCGCACACCCGAUCGUGUCAUCGUGUGAGGCUGGGAGUCCCACGGUGGGAGGGGGGAGGAGGGGACAGCGAGAUACAUUCUGGGGCUCGUUUCGGGAGCUUGGUAGCCGAGUUUUACAGUACACACUGGCCGC